AUGAAAGGCACCGGGCUAAUAUCCGCAGAACCUGUUAUAAGCGUUCGUCCUCCUGAUUUCGAGAACAAACACAAAAAUCCCAUGUCCAGCGGCAGGCUCUGCGAGACCCACGUCGAAGAGUUAAACGGGUUCGAGAGUAGUUCUAGUUGUAGUUAUGAGGGAGAACACGAUCAUAUUGCAGAGCAAAGGGUCACUCCAAUUCACACACUCAACAACCUCUCCGGCAGGGACAUCAUAGGAGCUAGCAAGGUGACUAAAAGGUUCUCUGGCUGGCUUAGCUCUUUAUGGAUCCCUACUAACGAAGACGUGGCUGAUAAAGAUUCCGAAUUUACUCGAUUUAAAAAAGGACUGGUUGAUAGUUGUGACAAAAGGAGUGACUCGGAAGUGGCUGACCAGUCGACUAAAGAUAAUUCAAUUUGGCUGUUGGGCGUUCGUUAUGAAGUCAGUGACGAUCACGUGUCAAAUGAACUUGAUGAGCCAUCGAAUUACUACUAUUCAACCCCGGGAACCUUCCCUCACCUUUCGAUGCAAUCACAGAUACUAACGCCAUCUGAUUACCCAACCGAAUUUUAUCAAGACUUCACCUCAAGGAUAUGGUGGCAAUCACUGCUUGCCAAUGCACUGAUAUUACAAUUUCUGGGCAGAGACUGGCGAAGGACUCGCAAAGGGGAGGCCACUUGGGAGAAAUAUGUUGAGGUGAAUUUGAAGAUGCUCUUGGCUUGUACCAUAACUCCGCGGAACGACUGUCACACCAUAGACAUAAUUCUCACGUGGUUCAUAGACGACAUGUCAUCUCGAUGCCCAUUUUCGGUUCACCGUAUGGCGAUCUUAGGAAAACAAUUGGGAAAAAACAUCGGAGAAUGGUUUGGACCUUCAACCGCCUCUCAGGCCAUCAAGGCUCUGGUGGAGGACUUUCCACCUGCUCAAUUAAGAGUUUAUGAGACCACAGACGCUGUGGUGUACAAAAAUGAAAUCUACAAGUCGGGGAAGGGAAACUUUCGGUCAGUCUUGAUUCUAGUGCCCAUCCGGCUGGGAAUAAAUAACCUAAAUCCAAUAUAUUACGAUGCUCUUAAAAGUGUUGGAAUAGCGGGGUAUGUAAUGGUGAAAUUUGAAAAGUUAUUGGAGAGGAUAAUCGGAUAUUCAUUCAAAUUCAAAAUUAACUUAGAGGCAAGCCUUCCUCAUCCUAUUAUUUUAUUGGAACACAAGGUUGCCGAUGAUCUAUUUUACCUUGAUCCACAUUAUUCACGGCCUGCUGUAGAAUUGAAAGAUGUCGAUGAAUUUUCUGAAGAGAUCAGCAAGAAAUACAAACCAAUAUUUACAAUCGCCCAAGAGGCACCGGUCUACAAAGAUGAAGAUUAUGAUAUGGAUGUGCUUUCUGGAGAUGAGGAGUUUGAAGAAUUUGAGAGAGAUGAAAAUGCGGGACAAGUAGAUGAUGUGGAUGAUGCCGAUUGA